CUUUUUCAGCCGAGGAGCCGUUGGGCGGCCGGAGUUGCCGGUGCGGGCGCAGGGCUGCCCGCGGAGCGGCGGGGCCGUGCUGCCGGCGGGGCUGUGCUGCCGGCCCGGCAUGCCCGCCCUCCCGCGCUGCCCGGGGCACGGCCGGGCUGUCCAGCGCCGCCCGCGGGACCGUUAGUUCGGGGGGCGGCGGGGACGGCUCGCGCCAUGGCCCGCGACUGCGCCGCCCGCAGCCUGGACGGCAUCGACCUGGCGGCGCUGCGGGACCCUGUGGGAAUAUUUGAACUGGUGCAGGUUGUUGGAAAUGGGACAUAUGGACAAGUCUAUAAGGGUCGCCAUGUGAAGACUGGGCAGCUAGCAGCAAUCAAAGUGAUGAAUGUUACUGAGAAUGAAGAGGAGGAAAUCAAGCUGGAGAUAAACAUGCUAAAAAAGUACUCCCAUCACCGGAAUAUUGCUACAUAUUAUGGCGCAUUUGUAAAGAAAAGUCCUGCAGGCCAAGAUGAUCAGCUCUGGUUGGUGAUGGAGUACUGUGGUGCGGGCUCUGUCACUGACCUGGUCAAGAAGACAAAAGGGAACUGUUUCAAGGAAGACUGGAUUGCAUACAUCUGCAGAGAGGUUCUCAGGGGCUUGGCACAUCUUCAUGCUCACCAUGUCAUCCAUAGAGAUAUUAAAGGACAGAAUGUCCUUCUCACAGAAAAUGCAGAAGUAAAACUGGUGGAUUUUGGCGUAAGUGCUCAACUGGACAGGACUAUUGGGAGAAGAAACACGUUUAUUGGCACACCAUACUGGAUGGCACCUGAGGUCAUUGCUUGUGAGGAGAACCCAGACUCUACAUAUGAUUACAGAAGUGACCUGUGGUCUCUGGGAAUCACUGCUAUUGAAAUGGCCGAAGGAGCUCCUCCCCUGUGUGAUAUGCACCCCAUGAGAGCGCUCUUCCUCAUCCCACGGAACCCGCCCCCAAAGUUGAAAUCCAGAAAAUGGUCAAAGAAAUUCCUAAACUUUGUUGAAAGCUGCCUUGUAAAGAAUUAUUUGCAUCGUCCAUCCACUGAGACCUUGCUAAAGCAUUCUUUCAUCCGAGACAUGCAGAAUGAACGGCAAGUGCGCAUCAUGCUGAAAGACCACCUGGACAGGACCAGGAAGAAAAAAGGAGAAAAGGAAGAAACGGACUAUGAUUACAGUGGCAGUGAGGAGGAAGAUGAUGAGCUGAAUGAAGAUGAAGGAGAACCAAGCUCCAUAGUUAAUCUACCAGGGGAGUCAACUCUCCGCCGUGAAUUUCUGAGGCUGCAGCAGGAGAACAAAAACCGUUCUGACCCUCAUCGCCAGCAGCAGCAGCUGAAGGACCAGGAGAAAUACAAGAAGCAGCUGCUGACAGAGCGGCAAAAACGGAUCGAGCAACAGAAAGAGCAGAGGAGGAGGCUGGAGGAUCAUCAGAGACGAGAGCAGGAGCUACGAAGGCAGCAGGAGUGUGAGCAGAGGUGGCCGGAGGGUAAGGCCAUUCAGAGGAAAGAGGAGAGGUGUAAAGAAGAUAAAAGGGCUGUGGAAGACGAACGGUUCAUAGUAGAUGGACAGAGGAAAUCAGAAAAGAAGCAGAAGGUUGAAGAUGUGCAGCACAACAGGAAGGUGCAUCGAACUCUCCCCAAAGAUCAGACACAGCUGCUGUCUCUCCAGCAUGACCACAAGCAGAAGAAGGAGCCUUCCAAGAACUCAAAUUCAGCAGUGCAUCCUCCAUCAAGCAGCACAAGCAAAGAGGCUGAGGACCAAAAAAAGCUAAGUGACAGCAUCCAGCCUUCCCUCCAGUGGGCAGCAGUGCUGGGGCAUGAAGCCACGCCACACACCAGGAUGGGAUCUGGCAGCAGCUCCAGCCCAUGCACCCCUGCGCCGCAGAGAGCCAUGUUAGUGCAGUGUGAAAAUUUCCGGGCUAGUAAGGAUGUGUACCACAGCAGUUCACUGUCAGAUAUGGUGACGACACCACUCAGCCCUGUGCAGGAUGAUGUAUUCUGGAGCAUCAGUCAAAAUGAAGAACAACCCCCAAAGGUUCCAGAAAGGACAACCUCUAAAUUUUACAGCAGGGACCAGCCUGGCCAUCAGAGAUGUCUUUCAAGUAACACUCAUCAGUCAUCCCCCGGGGGACAUGCUCUGAAGCUGAACAGCAGCAGCAGCACUCCUGGCAACAAGCAGUGGGAGAUGGGAUCUCAUCAGAGCAGCUGGUCAACCUCAGGGAAUGUAGGACCAGCCAAGGCAGAGAACGCUUUGUCCCAGAACCAUUUGCAGCUGCAAAAGAAGUCUGAAAAAGCUUCUCAUCCAGGCCACGUUGCAAGUCCAGCCUCCUUUGCCAAGGUGAAGGACAGUGCCAACUCAUUCUUAAAAGCAGCAGACUAUUCUUCAUCAAGUGAGGAAGUCAGCAGCAGCGAUGAGGAUGACAUGAACCACACGAGGCAACUGCUAAGCAGCAGAGUGGCAGAUUUCUCAAGGACAAGAAUACCAGAUGGAAUUGAACUGAAACCCCAAAGCACCAUUGGAGAACAGAAGGAUCCAAUUUUAGGGAAACAAAUUUCUGGCACCCAAGAAGGCCUCUGGAGCAUAAACAACCAGAACUAUCUCCUGCCAGACCUCCUUCAGCAAAGCCAGAUUUCAGACUCCUCUGUGAACCAACCAAAAGUGCCACUGACCAGCCAGGAACCUCAGAACAAACCUCUGAAUAAGACCCCGUGCACUGAAAGCACACCUUCAAAGAGCAGUACGUCCUCUACAACAUCGUUUACUUCAUUCAUAGAUUCUAGACUUCUGCCAAUCACCCCUCCCACCAGUCCAGUAGGACCUUCCUGUAGUUCUCCAUCUAGUGCAAAACCUGAGCCUGUCAGGAGAGAAAAUGCACGGAAGGGCUCCGUUGUCAAUGUCAACCCAACGAAUAUUCGCCCCCAGAGUGACAGUCCAGAAAUCCGUAAAUACAAGAAGAAAUUCAACUCCGAGGUCCUUUGUGCUGCCUUGUGGGGAGUCAAUUUACUGGUGGGAACAGAGAAUGGAUUAUGGCUGCUGGACAGAAGUGGGCAAGGAAGAGUGUAUUCGCUGAUUACUAGGAGACGAUUCCAGCAAAUGGAUGUUCUUGAAGGACUCAAUGUGCUAAUUACUAUAUCAGGGAAAAAGAAUAAGUUGAGGGUGUAUUACUUAUCAUGGCUGAGAAACAAAAUUCUGCGCAAUGACCCAGAGGUGGAGAAGCGGCAAGGCUGGGUGUCUGUGGGUGACCUGGAGGGCUGCGUGCAUUACAAAGUCGUAAAAUAUGAGAGAAUCAAAUUCCUUGUAAUUGCUUUGAAAAACUCAGUGGAGGUUUAUGCUUGGGCUCCAAAGCCUUAUCACAAAUUCAUGGCUUUUAAGUCCUUUACCUCACUUCAUCACAAACCACUGUCAGUUGACCUGACCGUUGAAAAUGGACAAAGAUUAAAAGUCAUAUACGGCUCACUAGUAGGCUUUCAUGCUAUUGAUGUGGACUCUGGAUCUGUGUAUGACCUGUACCUUCCAACACACAUCCAGGGGACUAUUCGCCCACAUGCCAUUAUCAUCCUCCCGAAUACCAGCGGAAUGGAGCUUUUACUCACCUACGAAGAUGAAGGCAUCUACAUUGAUAUAUACGGGCAUUUCACAAAGGAGACUGUUUUACAGUGGGGAGAAAUGCCAGCAUCUGUAGCUUACCUUCAAUCUAAUCAGGUCAUGGGCUGGGGAGAGAAGGCAAUUGAACUACGCUCUGUGGAAACAGGAAAUCUGGAAGGAGUAUUUAUGCACAAGAAAGCACAGAAGCUGAAGUUUCUAUGUGAAAGAAAUGACAAGGUGUUCUUUGCAUCUGUGCAGUCAGGAGGCAGCAGUCAAAUAUAUUUUAUGACUCUUGGUCAAAAUGUGCUAUUCAACUGGUAGAUCACAUCAAAAUGAAGGAUGCGUUGAAACUCCCCGUAGGUAGCAGUGUAAAAUGCUUGGAGGUAACAUACAUGAAUUUGCACUUUUUACCUACAGAAAUUUUGUCAUUAUUAACUUAUCAAAAUUCAUAUUCUUUCAGUUUGGAAAGAAUUCCAUUUUCAUGUCAAAGUAUUCCAAACAUGUUUAGUUUGUCUUCUAAAAUAUGUUGCAAACCAAGAUUGUAUUUGCAGUGUUAAGAGAGAACUUUAAUGAAGAAUGUAGUCAAUAUAAGAAGCUCCUGUACUCUGAAAAGUAUACGGUUUCAUUUUCACAGAUGAUGUAAUGAAGUUAGCUUGAACAGAAAUCUUUUUCUUUUUGGACAGCAACAUCUAUAGGUCAAUAUAAAAAACACGAGUUGGGUGGCAGAUUGGAAUCUAUAUUGAAUUGGGUUUUGCCUUGUUUUGCAUUUUAGUUAAGCUCUUACUCUUUUACUAAGACUCCCUUGUCCGAGUCUUACAAUCAGUGAACGAGCAUUAGGUCUUGAUAAGGCCUAAUGCAGAUUGUGAUACUUGAGGGGAUCAUAUCCUGCGCUAGUUGUCUGAUGCACUGUAGAGUUGCAAAAGCAGAUACUUCUAGACAUGUGCCCCAUCUGGUAGAUUUUACAAAUGCAGGGGACAGACUUCGUGUUUCUCUCAGGGCUGGAUACCUGAGCCUGUAGACACAGUUACUGUAGAAUGUAUUUGUAAAAAUAGUUUAAAUAGUAGUUUGUCAAAAUCAGGUAUGCAGAAAGUAUUAUGGACCUGAACCUGUAACUUUUAUUCAGACACGGGACCCACACUCAUGUGAGUUGAUUUAAAGGCACUACCCAUGUAUAUAAAGGCACAGGAUCAGGCACCUUCUUUUCUUGCUCUUUCAGCAUCAAGUCUUCAUGUAUUUGUCUGUAAAUAUAAUCUUUCCCAUGGAUGAUAAGAUUAACAAAUGUAUUCUUAAUAUAGUUAUGAAAAUAUCCAAAGAGUUAAUCUAUUAUAAAUAGAAAAUAUAAAUAAUUUCAGAUGCUUUUACUGCUAAUUACAUCUAAAUAAAGCUGCAUCCAUAGUGUUAUUGGUGCCAGUGAUUCUGCAUAAACUCUCUUCUCAGGGGCUUGUAACUUGGCCAUAGAACUAUACAGAUAUAAUAUAUAUACUAUAUAUAAUCGUAUACUAUGAUUAAAUUGUAGGGUUUAAUGCAAUCCUUAUUUAGCUGAUUUUUGGAUGUGCUUUGAAAAUGUAAAGCAUUAAUGUAAUACAAAAGAGCUCAUUCCAGACAUGAUACAGUAUGGAUGACGCUGUAGGCAAAAGUGAAAUCACCAGCUACAGUGUUUGAAAAUAGAUAUUUUUUACUUGAAAUACGUGAUACUGAAAGGUGCAGGGAAAGUGUGUUGGAAUAUCUGGUUCUCUACCCCAAGGAUGAUGAUUCAAAAUUGACUAAGAAGGGGGGAAAUAAAGUUGUUAAAAGUGGUGUCUGUUCUGUACAGUAUGUCAGGUUUAGUUAGUGUUAGCAGUCAUGUUAUGACUGACAGGUGCUCAGAUUGCAGCCAUCACCUCCAGAACUGGUAUCCUUGUGUAUGUCAGCAGAGAAUCAAACUAGGGGCUAAUCACCCUUCCCCUCCUUCCCUGUGCUGGCAGCUCAACUGCUGCAGACAGAUCAGAGAUGCCGAUGCUGUUGCUGUCUAUGUUCUUUGGCUGUGUGGAGGACUGCACUUUCCAAAGUUAUUAACCUAGCACUUUUCACAAGGAAUAGCUUAUCUCAAAAUGUAUAGUGGUUUUUAUGAAGUAUUUUCCUUUUAAAUAUUUUAACUUACAGAAAAAUAAGCCUAAGGCCAUACUAAAAAAUAUGUGCAGUUAAAUACUUAAAGUGGUUCUUAAUGUAUGCAAGUAAUCCGCUUGUGUGCAGACUUAAAAUCUGAAUGGUAUACUGUGCUUGGGCAGAGCUGUAUGAAAACAGGAGUUCUCUGUCUAUUUGUAGUAGUGUUCCUACCUGUUGCCAAUGCUAGGACUGGGGCAAAUGAGCAAAACGUGGCUUAGCUCCCUAUACUAUUGAAUGUUGGGCUUGUAUUGUUCAACUUUCACCAAAAAAAAAAACCCAAAACCAACCCAAAACUAAACAAACCCAAACCUGUAACAGAAACAGAGAUGAAAGUUACAAUUACAAGCAAAAAAUAAUUUGCAGACAAUCAGAAAUAUAACUUACUUGCUUUUGACUUGAAAUAAAAAGCCUAAGAGACUGUGAAGAACAGCUUUCAUUUUGUACCCAGGAGGUGUGCAAAACUUGCUUGCAAAACUGCUCAUGCUCAGUGAUCCAGGCUGCCCUAUAACAUUUCUUUUAAAGUGUGCUUAUCUCAGCAGCCUCUGCAUUACAUGGGAUGCAUGUGAAUUUUUUCCCUCUCCCCUUCUGGUGUCAACAGGUAGGAAGCAGAUUUUUCCUGAUGCUAGGCAGUAGUUAAAAAAGACUUUAGAAGAUAAUAAUGGGAAUUUAGAACAACCCAUGUCAACAGAUUAAAGCAGCAAAUGUGAUCAAACUUGUUUAAUGUUAUUGUGACAGAAAGUUGAGACAGAGAUGAUGUUCAGCUCCAUACCAAGAGGGAAUGAAAAAGCAAGUUCAAGAGAAGGAAUGUGCACUAUUACAUGGAGAUUUUAAUAUUUCAUUCUGUUUCCUCCUAUGGGCUCUCUUUUCUUUCCAGCUAUGAUUCAAAAGGCAGUGGGUUGGAUUUUCAUCUGUCACUUUGCAUGUAAAAUUGUUGGAAUUAUUUGGGUUACAUCCAUGUGUAAAUAUGGAAAGAAUGAGGCCGUUAGAGGUGAAUGCUUUUAGAGGAUGUAGAAGUGGUAUUGCAAAUAGCAAUAGCAACUGGAUGCAACAAGAAGACUGUGGCAUUUUUUCUUCAUCAAGAGAAAAUUGGAAUGUUUGAAGAUGAGCCCAGACAUGUUGAAAAGAGUAACAGAAGAGAGUGUAAGUGAUUAUAGAGGAGCCGAAGAAAAUAAACAGGAGUGGCCAAAGGGGAGAGAGUGGAUGUCUGGGACAGUAUAUUGCUGUAGGAGGAAUAAAAAAAGUUAAGAGAUGUUAAGAGAAAGAAAGUUACCAAAGAAAUGGAAAGGUGUCUAGAGUGACCGAGUGGUCUGAACACUGAAUGAGUGUUCUGAAUAACUGUUCAGCUCAAAGCAAAAGUUCAAAGGAUGUAAGUCAAAAAAAAAAAUAAAAAUCCAGAGAACCAAGUUUCUCCUGACAUAAAUUUUACUAUGCAAAACAUGUAUCAGAUUUGUAGUUUCAUUUUGUGAGGUUUCUCUAGCUGUACUCUUUCACUAACUUUUAAAACCAAGGAGUGAACUGCUUAACAAUGUGUUUCUAGUGAUGUCAGUUUGAUGUGAACAAUUGCUACACGGGCAGAAGAGCAGGGAUCCAUGUCAGUAAUCCUUUGGUACAUGCAGUAUCCUAAUCUCAGGUGGUGCUCCUAAUAUUGUAUUUGCCAAUCAAGACUGUGCUAAUACUGCAGUAAGAUAAUAUUGGAUGCACCUGCUUUUAUUUUAGGAAUGGUGAACUCUAUUCUGCAGCCUGAACCUUGACACAUGACUUUAAAACCUGGGAACAACGCCAUGUCCUGCACAUUAUGUAUUGUUCCCUAAUGUUGAAAUUGUACAACUGAAACAAUAAUAAAAGAUACUGAGAAUUAAAA